CUUGGACAUGGCAUCUGGACUCUUCCAUUUCAAACUGAACUGCCUUUAUAGAGACUGGCCACUCUAGAUGCUUUGGUGGGGGAAGGAGAUGAAUGAAUGGCAGGUGCUCCAUGCCUCAGACUUGGACUUCCUCCUGGAGAACAGCAGCUCUCCCUAUGACUACUCGGGAGACAACAAUGAGAGUGAAUACUGCUGUGGCACCCCGCCCUGCUCGCAGGACUUCACCUUUGACCGGACCUUCCUGCCAGUCCUCUACAGCCUCCUGUUCAUUCUGGGCUUGCUGGGCAAUGGAGCAGUGGCAGCUGUGCUGCUGAGCCAGAAGGCAGCCCUGAGCAGCACUGACACCUUCCUGCUGCACCUGGCUGUGGCCGACAUGCUACUGGUGCUCACCCUCCCGCUCUGGGCCGUGGAUGCGGCCGUUCAGUGGGUUUUUGGCUCGGGCCUCUGCAAGGUGGCGGGCGCCCUCUUCAAUAUCAACUUCUACGCUGGGGCCCUCCUGCUGGCCUGCAUCAGCUUUGACCGCUACCUGAGCAUUGUGCAUGCCACCCAGCUCUACCGCCGCAGGCCCCAGGCCCGGGUGACUCUCACCUGUGUGACUGUCUGGGGGCUCUGUCUGCUCUUCGCCCUCCCGGACUUCAUCUUCCUGGCGGCCAACCAUGAUGAGCGCCUCAGUGCCACCCACUGCCAGUACAGCAUCCAACAGGUGGGCCACACGGCGAGAGCCUUGCAGCUGGUGGCAGGCUUCUUGCUGCCCCUGUUGGUCAUGGCCUACUGCUAUGCCCGCAUCCUAGCUGUGCUGCUGCUCUCCAGGGGCCAGCGGCGGCUGCGAGCCAUCCGCGUGGUGGUGGUGGUGGUGGUGGCCUUCACCAUCUGCUGGACCCCCUACCACCUAGUGGUGCUGGUGGACACCCUCAUGAAUAUGGGGGCCCUGGCUCGCAACUGCAGCCAAGAGAACCAUGUGGAUGUGGCUAAGUCUAUCACCUCAGGCCUGGGCUAUAUGCACUGCUGCCUCAAUCCCCUGCUCUAUGCCUUUGUGGGUGUUAAGUUCCGAGAGCGCAUGUGGCAGCUGCUCAUACGCCUAGGCUGCCCUGAGCAGAGGGAACAUGUGCGCCAGCUGUCCCGCAGGGAUUCAUCCUGGUCUGAAACAACAGAGGCCUCCUACUCAGGCUUGUGAGCUUGGAAUGGGGCCUCCCCCACCUCUUGCCAUGCGCCACCUGACUCUUCCUACACUGCCCCACCACUCUUCCUGUUCAGCAGCCAGAAGGUGGGCUUCCCCCAACUGAGGUUAAUGGCUUAGCAGAAGCUGUCCCUGUGAGGCUUAGGCCUGUUCUGACAGUUCAGCAGCUGUGGUCCCAGAGACCUCUCUGCAUAUGCUCAUUCUGAAGUCUUGAACCCUGCAUCCACCUU